GCAAAUCAAUGGCUCCAUUUCACUUCUCUCACUAGACUCUCUUACCAGACUCUCUUACCGCUCUCUCUCCCUACAUAUAUAUAUAGCUUCGCUUGCUCGGCAUUUCGAUACUCAGCUACUGCGAACAUGAGGGGGGGCGGAGUUGCGGUGUCCCUUAACCUCGCCGGAGCGUUAAUCUUUCUGGGGAUCUUGAUAGCUCCGGGGGAAGGAUGGCGGCCAUGGCCAAACCAGAAGCUCAACAAUACGGCCACCAACCUCGAGUUCGGCGGGUUUAAGAAGUACGAGGGCUCGUCGGAGUUCGUCCACAUGAAGUACCACAUGGGGCCGGUGCUGACGGCGAACAUCACCGUUCAUAUUAUCUGGUAUGGCACCUGGCAGAAAUCCCAGAAACGGAUCAUCCGUGAGUUCAUCAACUCAAUCUCCGCCGUUGAUGUUAAGCGGCCGUCGGUCGCCAGUUGGUGGCGGACGGUCCGGAUGUACACAGACCAGACCGGCUCGAAUAUCUCCCGGACCGUCCGGCUCGGGGAGGAGAAGAGUGACCGGUUUUAUUCGCACGGGAAGUCGCUCACGCGCCUCUCGAUUCAGUCGGUGAUCAAAAGUGCCGUCACGGCGUCGACCCGACCCAUGCGGAUCAACCCAAAGAGCGGGCUUUACAUUGUUCUGACUUCCGAUGACGUGUACGUCCAGGAUUUCUGCCAGAACGUCUGUGGCUUCCACUACUUCACUUUUCCGGCAAUCGUCGGCUACACUCUGCCCUACGCGUGGGUCGGGAACUCAGCGAAGCUCUGCCCCGGCGUUUGUGCCUACCCGUUCGCCGUGCCGGCGUACAUUCCGGGGCUGAAGCCGCUGAAGUCGCCGAACGGCGACGUGGGCGUUGAUGGGAUGAUCAGUGUGAUCGGCCACGAGAUCGCCGAGCUUGCGACCAACCCAUUGGUGAACGCGUGGUACGCCGGCGGGGACCCGGUUUUCCCGGUGGAGAUCGCCGACCUCUGCGAGGGCAUCUACGGAACAGGGGGCGGUGGGUCGUACACCGGCCAGAUGCUGAAUGGUGGAGAUGGCGCCACCUUUAACAUGAACGGAAUCCGGCGCCGGUUCUUGGUCCAGUGGGUUUGGAACCACGUGUUGAAUUACUGCACCGGUCCCAAUGCCCUUGAUUAGCCCUAAAUUUUGCUCUCUGUAAUCCUUCUCUCUUGGGUUCUUGGGAGUUUUCGUUCUUUUUGGUUCUUUGGGUUUUCACUCUCUCUGCUGUGAGCUGUGAGCUUGUUGUGCAUGGAUGAUUAGUUAAGUUAGUUGAUGAUCUUUGUUUGAAAUUAAACUGUAAUAACUAUUUUCUUAAAACACUUCCAAUAUAAAUAUAUAUUUCUAUAUCUAUACA